AGGGGAAUAUGUGCGGGAGGGGUGCGCACUGUUCAGUGCAAGAGAACGACAGCAGAGAGGAAGACAGGGUCGAGAGAAAGCGCAUGUGUGAUUCCGCUCUCUCUCCAUGCAGGCAGCCCACUCCUGGCGAGCUCCCCCCAUCUUGUGUGUAUAACGUCUCUACCACCGGACAGCCGUACCAGCGUCCGCGGGCACUGCGGGGGAAAUUCAACCCUGAAUGGAGUGAUAAUGAACGGAGCCUCUCUUUUUCUUUUAGUCUUGUUUUUCCCCCGACUGUCAUCCUCCUCGAUGUCUCUUAUCAGUUUUUAACCAAAACAAAAUGUGGAUUUCUUGUGACCAAUUUUUAUUGAUAUUUUCUGGCUUUUGGGGACUCACAAUGGGUGCUUUCCCGAGCAGUGUUCAGAUCGGCGGCCUGUUCAUCAGAAACACGGAUCAGGAAUACACAGCGUUUCGCCUGGCCAUCUUCCUGCACAAUACUAGCCCCAACGCAUCCGAGGCCCCCUUCAACCUGGUGCCUCAUGUGGACAACAUCGAGACGGCCAACAGCUUUGCUGUCACCAAUGCCUUCUGCUCACAGUACUCGCGGGGCGUAUUUGCCAUCUUUGGCCUGUACGACAAGCGCUCGGUGCACACGCUGACGUCGUUCUGCGGGGCGCUACACAUCUCCCUCAUCACGCCCAGCUUCCCCACCGAGGGAGAGAGCCAGUUCACGCUGCAGCUUCGGCCCUCCAUCCGCGGAGCGCUGCUCUCGCUACUCGAUCACUACGACUGGAACAAGUUUGUCUUCCUCUACGAUACGGACCGGGGUUAUGCCAUACUGCAAGCCAUCAUGGAGAAGGCGGGCCAGAACAGCUGGCAGGUGAGCGCCAUCUGUGUGGAGAAAUUCAACGACGCGGCCUACCGGCGCCUCCUGGAGGACCUGGACCGACGGCAGGAGAAGAAAUUUGUUAUCGACCUGGAGGCCGAGAGGCUCACCAACAUGCUGGAACAGAUUGUCAGCGUCGGAAAACAUGUCAAAGGCUACCAUUACAUCAUGGCUAACUUGGGGUUUAAGGACAUCAACCUAGAGCGCUUCAUGCACGGAGGGGCCAAUGUGUCAGGCUUUCAGCUGGUGGACUUCAGCAACCCCAUGGUCAUCAAGCUGAUGCAGCGCUGGAACAAGCUGGACCAGAGGGAGUACCCAGGCUCCGACAGCCCCCCGAAGUACACAUCGGCUCUGACGUACGACGGCGUGAUGGUGAUGGCAGAGGCCUUCAGGAACCUGCGUAGGCAGAAGGUUGACAUCUCUCGCCGGGGCAACGCUGGGGACUGUCUGGCUAACCCCGCCGCCCCCUGGAGUCAGGGCAUUGACAUGGAGCGCACCCUCAAACAGGUCUGGCUGCAGGGAUUAACAGGUAAUGUCCAGUUUGACCACUAUGGACGCAGGGUCAACUACACCAUGGACGUGUUUGAGCUGAAGAACAACGGACCCAGACGAAUGGGUUACUGGACGGAUUCAGACAAGCUGGUUCUGAUCCAGAAUGAAGCCCUCAAUCCCAACGAAAUCAUGGAGAACAGAACUGUCGUGGUCACCACUAUCAUGGAGGGUCCCUAUGUCAUGUUGAAGAAAAACUGGGAGCUGUACGAGGGCAACGACCAGUAUGAAGGCUACUGCGUGGACCUGGCCUCGGAGAUAGCCAAACACAUCGGCAUCAAAUAUAAGAUCGCUAUCGUUCCUGACGGAAAGUACGGCGCCCGGGACCCGGAGACCAAGAUUUGGAAUGGAAUGGUCGGGGAGCUGGUGUACGGGAAAGCGGAAAUCGCUGUGGCCCCAUUGACAAUCACGCUGGUCCGGGAGGAGGUGAUCGACUUUUCCAAGCCCUUCAUGUCACUGGGCAUCUCCAUCAUGAUCAAGAAGCCCCAGAAGUCCAAACCUGGGGUGUUCUCCUUCCUGGACCCGCUGGCCUACGAGAUCUGGAUGUGCAUUGUGUUUGCCUACAUCGGCGUGAGCGUGGUGCUCUUCCUGGUCAGCCGCUUCAGCCCGUACGAGUGGCACACCGAGGAGCCCGAGGAGGGCACCGACGGUCCGCCCAGCGACCAGCCCCCCAAUGAGUUCGGCAUCUUCAACUCCCUCUGGUUCUCCCUGGGCGCCUUCAUGCAGCAGGGCUGUGACAUCUCCCCCAGGUCUCUAUCUGGGCGUAUCGUGGGUGGUGUGUGGUGGUUCUUCACCCUCAUCAUCAUCUCCUCCUACACGGCCAACCUGGCUGCUUUCCUCACAGUGGAGAGGAUGGUGUCGCCCAUAGAGAGUGCUGAAGACCUGGCUAAACAGACAGACAUAGCCUACGGCACCCUAGACUCCGGCUCCACUAAAGAGUUUUUCAGGAGGUCAAAGAUUGCAGUCUACGAGAAGAUGUGGGGCUACAUGAAGUCGGCCGAGCCGACUGUGUUUACCAAGAACACCCAGGAGGGGGUUGUACGUGUGCGGAAGAGCAAAGGGAAGUACGCUUUCCUAUUGGAGUCAACCAUGAAUGAGUACACGGAACAGCGGAAGCCCUGCGACACCAUGAAGGUCGGCGGAAACCUGGACUCCAAAGGAUACGGAGUGGCCACCCCCAAGGGUUCACUGUUAAGAACUCCAGUAAACCUAGCCGUGUUGAAACUGAGUGAAUCAGGCGUCUUAGACAAGCUGAAAAACAAAUGGUGGUACGAUAAGGGCGAGUGUGGACCCACGGCCUCAGGAAGUAAGGACAAGUCGUCUCAAGCCCUGUCGUUGAGCAACGUGGCGGGGGUCUUCUAUAUCCUCGUGGGGGGCCUGGGCCUGGCCAUGCUGGUGGCCCUCAUUGAGUUCUGCUACAAGUCCCGGAACGAGGCCAAGCGAAUGAAGCUGACCUUCACAGAGGCCAUGAGGAACAAGGCACGCCUGUCGAUCACAGGCAGCGUGGGGGAAAACGGACGUGUCCUGACGCCUGACUGUCCCAAAGCGGUCCACUCGGGCCCCUCACUCCGCCAGAGCUCCGGCCUGGCCUUGGUCUCCUCCGAGCUCCCGUGAAAACCAAAAACCUUCAAAGUGCCUUAAAAAACUACCUACCCACAACAACCAUAUACCACAAAGACACAGGACAAGCACCACCCUAACCGGACACCACUAUUGUCUGGGAAGAGAAGGACUAUCUAACGUUGUGGACAUUUUCUAAUGUAGCAGAGAUGGGGACUCUAGUGAAUUGGUGGUCAUUUUAGAACGAUUUCUGUGGAAAAGUACAAUCUGGAUUUUCACUAUGGUCACGCUGGGGCUUAUUGUAAUCAUGGUGGCGUUUCUCGGUGCAGAGGUGGAGAUUGCGUCUGACAUGUUCCACUCAAGACCCUGUACCAACUUACCAUACCUCGCACUGGCGAAGGAAGAGGAGGAGAAACGAGAGUCAAGUGAAAAUUAAAAGUAAAUGACCAGAAAACUGUAAACUUUAAACGUGUAACUGUGUAUGUCUGGGUUGCUGACUGUGAAUUGGCAAACUGAAUCACAAUCAAAAAGUGGACAAUAUUUAUUACCAGUUGAGAACAGUGUUUGAAAGACAACUGUCAGUCAACAAUUCACUAAAUAUAAAUCCCUGACAUCAUGAGGCGGAGUGUCCCCCGGUGUCACCAUGGAGAUAAACUAUUAUUAUUAAUGAACUACAGUAACUCUAUUGACAAUUAAUAUAUGAUAAAUCAACUGUGAAGAUUUAGUAAAUAUGUAUAUUCUGUGAAGACAAAGCUAAAGAAAAAAUAUUUGCGGUACAUAGAGGAGACUGCAUAACAUGCUUGCUUUUUCAACAGAUGUAAAUAGCUGAUUCGGUAGUGGACAGAGGACUGUUCUCUUUUUGUAAACAUCUUUAAAGAAAUAAUUCAUCGCAAUAAUGGAUAAGACGUUUGAGGAGAGACAUUGAGACAGUGUUUUAUUUCUUCGAUGUUCAGUACACAGAGUACUGUGUUCAGAAGACAGAGUGCUGAACAUUCAUGCUCAAUGUUCCAUGGGUAUAGUAUCAACUCUGCCCAUCCAGAUACCUGUUCCCUACAUAUUAAUAUAUUCAGCGAUGAAUGUUAACUAGUCCCACCCAAUCCUCUAGCCCCACCCCAUCCUCUAGCCACACCUCCUCACUGUGCAGUCGUAGACCAGAAAGUGUCUCUCAUAGACCAAACUUUACAUUUAAGCCCUUUACUUGCGUUUCCGCUGUCAAAAUCGAACUAUAUAUCGUUCGAUAAUUUUUUUGUAACGAACAAAUACACAAACUGUCCAUCUCCUGGUUUUUCAGCGUCUUUUCAACGUUCACGGCUGUUGAACGUCUCUUAUCUGGGUAGAUAUUUUAGAUUAUUGUGUGUGGAGAGUAUAACGCAAAAAUGAAAUGUGAAAUGAGGAAAAAAAAAAUGUUCUCAUUGCUAUAUUAUUUUGAGAGUCAAAGCUAUUUCCUAUACAGUAUUUAUUCAUAAAAAAUCAUGAAGAAGAAGAAGACACUGUUUGUAUUAUUGAGCCAUGGUCAAAGCUUUGGCCCUCAACACUGUGGAUCCUCAGUAGCAGGCUGGACACUAUAGCAGAACAUGUGAUCCCCUCCCUCUCAUUGAAGUUAUUAAUGCAUUGUUUGCAGAGGUCUCAACUCAUGGCUGAUGGAGGGACAAUCUCUGGGCCCAUGGGCCACAAUAGGACACUGACUUUUACUGAGUCGUCCUUUUGUCUAUUUCAUUUUCAACUUUUUCCCCAAAACCUGCUUCUGCUAUUGUUGUUGUCGGACAAAUGUGUGCAAUGUUUUCAAUGUUUUCAUUUGCUGCACAUAUAUACAUUCAUCCAGUCCGUACACACGCACAUCAGUGGAGGUUGCUAAGGGAAGUACAGAUCAUUAUAAUGGAUGGAAUGGCAUCAACCAUCAAACACGUGGUUUCCAUGUGGUUGGCAUCAUUCUAUUGACUCCAUUCCAGUCAUUAUUAUGAGCCGUCCUCCCCUCAGCAGCCUCCACUGACACAUAUACACAACAUGUAUACACACAAGCACACACACACACAGACUGGAGGGACCUUAUUGGGUUGAGAGAAUAAACCAGCUAAAAUAUUUCAGGCCAUCUGUUUUGGUCCUGCCAUAUGUCUGUAAAAUUUAAAUUAAACCAUUCAAAUCUUUAUUUUGAUCUUUUUUUGGUAAAAAAAAGGAAAUCCAAAGGCUUUGUCACUGUGUCUUCAUUGUGGACAGGGUGAGAGGGUUCUGUGUUAAAUGGGUGAAUGUACUUGAGUGUGUAUGUGAAAAAAUGUUUUCUGUAACCCUGUAACACACUCAUAGGGUGAUUCAAUCAAAGGUGCAUUGUCGACUGUUGGGAGAGUAUAUUUAAAAGUCAUAUCUGCAUCAUGAUUUGUGUUUUUACAAUAAGAAUACAAAACUAUUUUGUGUUUAACUGACAA